AUGAAGCCCCUCAGCUACCUCCUACCCCUCCUCCUCGCCCCGUCAGCCGCCGUCGCAGUCCAGGCAAAAGCCGUCUCGGAGCCACUGACGACCGACUCGCUCUCCCUGACCGUGAGCAACACCAACCCUGGCGGCCCGAUCCUGACCUUCACGUCCACCUCCGUCACGGACACCUCCACCGCCACCGAAACCGCGUCGACGACGACAGACAGCAGUCUCAGCUCCGAGUCGACGACCACCUCGGCGCUGCACCCCAGCGAGCCGACGGGCGUCUCGGGCGGCGCUGGCACCGCCACCGGUACCGGCACGGGGGCGUCGGCCUCGGCGACUACGACCGCGUCGGAGGGUGCGGCUUUCGGGGACGGUGGCUCUUCCAGGGUUGCGCUGGUUGUUGCGCUGGGGGCCGGCCUGCUUGGGUGGGUCGCGUUUUGA